CUGCGAGGGUGAACGGAAGUGACAUACCUACAUACUUUCAUUUUGCGAGUGCAAGAAAAAGAGGCGACAAACAAUCGCGGGCCACAUUUCCUGAACAUAUUUGUUUGCUCGUUUACAUAGUAAAGUAUCAACUGAGAUUAUCACAUGGCAUUGACUUUGAAAAAGCCCCGCACUAUGACAAUCGUCGUGCUACCCUGCAUCGUCAUGUUAAUCUUCUGCUUCGCCGAUUGCGCGGCUGGAUCUUGUCUAAGCUAUGGGCAUUCUUGUUGGGGAGCGCACGGAAAGCGCAGCGAUGCACCUACCAUGCGCAUCCUGACAGCCAAGACUUUGUUGAGCGGAUCUCCGCAAAACAACAUUGCGCAUUCCUCUAAGGCGCAGUGGACUUUAUCCCGUUUGAUUACUGGACAACUCGUAUUACCGUUGACGGAUAAAUAUCCUAUUAAAUGGAAUGAUUUCUCUAAGGAUAAAAUAAUGAUCCCAUCAAAAUGGGACACGGUAUCAAUGAAUGGUGAUAGCACUGUACCAAUCAGCAUUCCAAUUAACAACGAAAACGAAAACAAACGGAAAAUCAGCAACGCACAAGGUAUAAUGCGUAGUAUGAACGAAAAAUUUGAAAAUUCUAUUCCAGAAAUCUUGCUAGUUCCAUCUGGUGAAUACGAGAUGCCAAUUAAUAAUCAAAAGUUAGACAUGUUCCAAUUUCUGAACGAGAAGAAUGGAAAUACGAAAUAAACGAAAUGUAAAAGACUGCAAGAUAUAGUGACGAAAAAGAAUUUUCGAAAAAAACAGAUCUUACAAUCAAAGUAAUAAUAUAAUAAUUCUCUGUAGAAAC